AUGGAUGCUGAAAGGACUGCACGUCACUUAGAAUUUGUCAGCAAUCUAACCGGGAGUACAAUUCUCGAACUAACUUGUUUACUGGUACUACCAUUGGCUCUCGGGUUCUCACGUAUCCUCAUCAGCCACCUCUAUCCAACAUUGACUCCCAGACUGUUGUAAGUUCUUUCGCAAGUCUGUUCCUUGAAUUUGAUUUUUCAUUAGGACUCUAAACUUCCUGUACGUAUGACGAAAAUGCUCCAAGGUUUUAUUAAACGAUUGUUAACAUCCCUCUUUGUAGGGUUCUCUUAUUGGACUUUCUGCUAGCCAUUGCGGCCUUCGUCCUGCCUGUUACACUACUCUCCGAAUAUAUCUUCGAGAUAACUGUGAUCGCCUGUACAACAGCAAUCCUCCUCCACUGCUACGCUCGAAAUCGACCGCUUCCAGCACCACUUUUCGAGCCCUACUACGCUGUUCGCCGUGCACUCCGAGCCUAUAUACUGCUUUUCACCUGCGUAUGCAUCUAUGCUGUGGACUUCCCCUUGUUUCCACGUCGUUUUGCUAAAACAGAGGCCUAUGGUGUCUCGUUGAUGGACGUAGGCGUGGGUCUGAUUUCAGUUUCCUGCGGUCACUCCAAUGUGCCCUUCGUGUACUUUCUCCGUUCCGCGCGACCAUACUCCUCCAUUUCAUCUGUUCUCAGCUCCAGCGUACUUCUGGUCCUUUUGGGCGCCGCGCGCACCCUAGUAAUCAAACUGCUAGGUUAUCCGGAGCAUGUAACUGAGUACGGCGUGCACUGGAACUUUUUCGCUACCCUGGCUGUUCUUCGUGUAAGUAUGGUUUGUCAUCUGACUUCCAUGUUUGACUGUUUACACCACAAUACAGCAGAUAUGUGUGCCGAGGUAUUUCCCCAGGCAUUCUUUGGGGAUACUUGUUUAGUAGUUGCAUGUUCAACAUACUUAUUUUCUGUGGCCUGUGAAAAUGUAACCUUGUUGUGCUCAUAGAUUAUUUGCAGGGCUGUGUCUGUGUUUGCGUUGUAUCUGUCAUUCGGACAGUUCGUUUCGAUUUAAAUGAACCCAUGGAUAUUAAGUAGAGACGACACACCUAAGACCUGCAGUGCAUUUUCUCGCGUUUAACACUCUCCCUCAAGUCGACUCCCUAUAUCGGAUGGUUUACUGUCUGUUAGUCGCAAAUUAUCCGGAUAUAAGAGGAAUCAUUGUACAAGUAGGCGCUUACUACUCAGACUGUACUACCCAUGUUUUCUUCCUACAGUUUGCCGGAUUUCUCGUAGGCAGCCAGUUGUCGCGCCUCUCCAACUUCGGCGCAAUGAAUGCCCUCUUUCUGCUCUCUAUAGCCUGUACUAUAGGUCAUCAGACAAUGCUAUCCUCACUUGGACUGGAGCAAAGUCUCGCUCCGGACAGCAGCCUACUCAAGGAAGAGGCACGUCGGUCAUCACUGCUGCUUGCCAACGCCGAAGGUCUUGUUUCCUUACCUGGUUACUUUGCCCUUUUCCUCUGGGGCAUGCUGUUGAGCUUCGUGAUUGAUGUUCAUUUGACGGACGGUGUCAGCUCGGUAAAAUACAAGCUAUUGUGCGUGCAGGAGGAGGAGAAGUGGUUCGUUCAUGACUCUGAAUUUUAAUUUAGUUAGCAUUUUAAAAAAUGCGGGGUGAGAGUCUUGGAUGCGACCAAGUUAAGUCAGUUAUGUGGGCUUGUUGUAUUACGAUUUCAUUACCUUUGAUGGCCGCGAGAAUAUUAUAGAAUUAGGUCGCUGUCUUUAUUCUGUGGUUUAUGCCUACCUAGAGAGCUAUACCUACCCGAUCAGUCUAUGGCUUUAUCUAUCUGUCCUUUGUUGCUGAAUAGGACUGGUUUUUGUAAGGCAACCUUUUGCGUUAAAUGCCAGCCCCAAUCCCCAGGAAAGUAUUCAGCAGAUCAGAUUGAUAUAAAAGGACGUUUCUAUUUGCCCUGUGUGACAAUGCCAUUAUAUAACAGUCGCAUGCUGUUUUGUGAGUACCUAGUUAUUUUGAGCGACUUCGGAUUUGGUAGCAGUAUUAAGAGGAAACUGUUCUUGCUGUUCCCAAGAGCAGAAACGUGCUAGUACUUAUAAGUAUAUAAUCGUGUCAUACGAGUGGAAGUGAACGGGAUCUAUGCCCUUGCUCACUUCCAGGAUGUCGCUGUUUGUUUUGCUCCUUUUUCUGACCCCCCCUCCCCUCCUACCCCAGUAGUUUCUUCACCUUUUCGCCACUUCACAUCCACUUGGACGGUCUGACAUCUUGAGCCCUCGUGUCUUUAAUCUGAGCACUUACUGUGAAGUGCGUCUUUGAUUUAGGCGAGGUCUGCCCCGUCGAGUAUCCCUCUUGUUCGCGUUGAUGGCCAUCGGAUUUCUUUCGGUGUCUUAUUGUUAUGGAGAGGUUGGCACAUCUCGCCGCUUCGUCAACUUGCCUUUUAUCACUCUUCAGGUGGGCCUUGUCUUCACUUUCUUUUACCUGUCAGCUCGCAAGCGAAGGGCCUAUCCACGCUUUUUUCUCUUUGCACUACCUAGGUGUUUAUUUCCUACGCAACGAUGGCAUUUGCCCUUCUUUAUUGGCCUCAGGAUGUGGCAAGAAAGCCGUUGUUGAAAAAGGGUGAGUUCUGUUUGGUUCAUAUGACGCCGUUCGUUAUACCUGACGCAACUGUUACCUAUAAUGAUUGCCUUCACUGAACUCAGUUGACGGUAGACUCCUGUGCGAAAUGGCACCAGUUGGCACUGUCAGGCCAGAUAUACCCACAAGUCCAGACUCCACCACCUUUUCAAUCGGCCACCUCGGGACCGCCACCAAUUAGGGACCGUUUUCGGUAAAAUGGCAUCGUGAACGACUUUACCAUCCGAUCUGUGCAUUUCAUAUCCGAACCAUUGAAUUCUGUGAGUGGGCGGUCGCAGCUGACCGAUUCUGUUCGCGAGCGACUGUAAAGUUGUUUGUUGUAGACCAAGAUCUAUCGAUUGCAUCCGCGCGAGUGAUGCCUUUCCUGACGUAGGCUUCGUUCGCCUGCAGUUUAAUUUUCUGGCAUUUCUCACAUUGACUUUAGAGGCCGUUAACUCAAUGGCCGAUUUCACUCUUCUGAAGGAAGUUUGACCCAUAGGUUCGAGAUUUUCUCGGUAGGCCACGAGUUUCAUUGUCUACCGUGAUCGAGCAAAACCCUGACGUAGCGGUGGAGGUAACAUCAGAGAAGUCACUUUUCUACCCCUUCACACGGCCAUUGCCUCUUGUUCUGUGAUAGCAGGCUUGAAUCAAGCAUGCAAUUUCACUGGCUUGCAAUCCUUCAGAAUGAUCAUCGUCGAAGGGACCAAAACGAAAAAGUCCAAAAUGACUGAAACAUCGGCAAGGGCGACGAGGGUGGUCUCUUGGCAACAGUGGCGGUGUUGGAAGUUUCGAUAACAUAUCCUACUCCCGGUGAAAACCGGACCCAUUCCACACAUUGCGGCAUCAGUCGGAAGUGGUUGGGAAGUGGGAAUAGGACCGGAAGACUUACACCACGGUCAUCCUUAAACAGUUAUUUGUCGCGCUCGCUCUCCCAUGGUUGGUGUUGCAAAAGCGUCGUAUGUGAAAACGCUUUCUGCUUCGUGCAUUUGACCCAGAAGACCGUACAUCUAGUCCAUUUUCUGGAAAACUGUCCUCGCCAGUUGUUAACGUUGACGCACAACAGCGAGCGUGGUUAUCCCAGAUAGUAUCUAGGACUGGUUAGCUUUCGGAAUCCGGUACAUCCUCCUCGUAUCUCCACUGGCUUAAAAACGAGUUAAAGAUCUCGAACAGUUUUGUAUUCCAGAGUUGGUUGCGGUCGUACCGUGCAGGUUUCUUACUUGAACUACGCUGGCCCCCGUGGUUCGGACCAUCCCGAUGGCAAACAGCCCUUGCGCCAUCAGCCGGCCAGAUCGUCUUGGCGAGCGGCAUCCAGUCCUUUCGGGGACCUCUGUUGUGACCUAUCAGUCCCUGGGAUUGGCUCCGGAGCGUUGAUCAGUUGAAAAUGAUUAACUGCUGCGAAAGGGGCCUCGUAGACUUUUGUCUGCGUCAUUCCAGUACAGGAGUCGGAGACAGCCAGACGAAUGACCUUAACAGUAGCUUCGUGUGUUCUUGCAGGUCGUGUCUUUUCGUCGACGCGUCUUCUGGGCCAUAGACAGGCGAGACGGGUCAGAACCAUGCGUGUUAUCGGUGUCGGCACACCACGCACCACGUAGGAUUUUAGCGUUGAGUUGACCCAACUUGCUCUAGUAAACAUGCUGUCGAUUUUGAUUCUGACCACUAUUGAAGUGCUGGGCGGGAAAGAGGGAGUGCGGUAGAUGCUGCGCAAGUCUAAUACCACCGUAAGUUAAUUCGCGCGCAAGUCUCCGUGCCUGUUACACCUUGGUGUGUAGCACACGGUGGACUUCGUCGAAAUCGACGGUCGAACUGUCAGGUAGCGAAUUACGAGUGCCGAUUGCCUAUUAGAUCGGUCCGUUUAUGUUUUGGUCCUUGGUCAGUCUACAGUAUCGGAUAGCCACCGACAAAUGAGGGAGGGAAAAGAGCUUCCGACCAUGGUGAAUCAAUCCACACGGCACAUUAGCAGAUUCCUCACAAAAUAGGGCUGGCGGACUUGAAUUUGCUUUGACGAGGUUACUUGGUUCCUCGGCUGCAGCGGCUUUUUUCUAGUGCAGCCUCCACGGAACCUUCAGGCAUAUGAAAUCCGAGCAGCCAGCGCCGUCGCCCGGCCUGUAUGGGUUAGGAAUCGGGCCAUGCGUGUGGCCCGCGUAGACGAACUUCGUAGUCUUGUCGGUCAUUGCUCUCGCACCCGCUUUACGAUCGUCCUGACUUUACUCGCGCAACCCACUGUUGGGCCAGAGUCACGGAGCAGCGAUGGGAGUCGUCGCUGGUGUCGACUUGGCACCGGGUCCAGGUGGGCGAGGAGGAGUGCGGUAGAUGCUGUGCAAGUCUACUACCACCGUAAAUUAAUUCACGCGCAAGUCCCCGUGCCUGUUACACCUUGGUGUGUAGCAUACGGUGGACAUCGUUGGAAUCGGCUGUCGAACUGUCGGAUGAGUUGAUAUCUCCUAGGGUGUCGGAAGCAGGUUCCUGCGAUGGCUAAAAGUUCAUCCCUCGCCAUUCAUGUAACACUUUUCCGAGUAUUCCUCCCACCCCCUCUUCCCCUACGACAGAAAUGGCACGCUUGACGUCGGCGUGAAUUUCACCAUAAAAGGCCCCUUUCCACAGGUCGCCUUCAUCCAUCGUCUGGACGUAGUGCUGCGAAGGCACACAGGGAAAACCGUCGUUGCGGCCGCUUUCCAGCCGGGCAGUCAUAACUCAUGUCGACAAGCGUUUUUGAUGACGCCGCCGCGAUCGCCGCAGUAGAGGUGAAAGCUUCCGAUGCCUGAUGUGGCAAGUGCGCCUCUGCGAGCUCGCAGCUGGGAGUUAUUCUCUACAAGUGCGCCUCUCUCCUUUUCGAGCGAGCUCUCCUGCAUGCUCCUCAUUUGAUCCCAUGACUGUCGCUAACUUUGUGAUUUUGCCUGAGGAUGCUUCGUGAGGUGCGGACCCUUGGCAGUUAGUCCAUGCCGUUGUCUCCUAUACAACCUAAAAGGCAGCGAAGAAAGAAGGGCUCUAUGUCAUGGCGGUUUAUCCGCUGCAUGGCAUAUUGUCUUCAUUGGAUUCUGCAGUCAGUUGCCGUAUCCUGCUAGCACUGCACCUCAAGGCUGCCCCUGCAUUGUCGCCAGACCAGAAAGCUUCACCGGUGCUCCGUAGGUAUGAAGGUAGCCUGUUGUUAGGCCAACGGACGUAUCCCGUUUCAAGGUCGGAUAGUAUUCAUUGUAUUAUGGUUUGUUCUUUUAUUUGAGAUCUUUGCUCUAUCUUUUACGUUGAUCUGACUACCAGGGCCAGAGAUCACCGUCUGUAUUGCUUUUAUAACAUGUGCGCUGCAUUUUCUCAACUGUAGGCCGUUGGCAGUUGUCAUUAAUAACUCCCAACUGCUGAAAAGGUCUCCGAUCCUCUAGCGCAGUUAACAAACUAUCAGCCGAUGAUGAUUCAAAGUUUUGUCAACACGCAAGAGGCGGUUGUCGAAAGAGAGGGGUUUCCGUCUACCGAUAGUCUAUGUGUCCUCCUAACCUUCUAGGUGUCCGGCGCUUCCACCCGCGACAGAAUGAUUUCCGCUGAAGUCUAGCUGUAGAUUCUACAUUACGGUCACACAGCGAUAGUGCUGCGACUCGGGUGUGGGGGCGCUCUUGUUUUAACUGCCUUUGUCUUAUGUAAAGUAGAGGCUCUGACGGGACGAAGAAGCUUGAAACCGAAGGUUGCAUGUGGAUAGGAACACAGUUGUACCACAGGUUCGUUCACUUGCCAUUUUCAAAAUGAAUAGAAAAAAGUGGGUGGAAAUGAGUCUUCAACGCCGUGACGGUUCAAAUUGUGCCCACCUCUGCGCGUACCGCGCACGCGCCUGAACUUGACUUCAGCUGACGCGGUCUGAGGUCUCCCACCGCGAAGGGUUGCUAUAAAGACCACAUUUAGGAGUAGCCAUAGUGGCCUGGUCGUCAAUCUCUAGGGAAACCAAGUUUUUCACGAAUUUUGGCGUCUUCCAGGAGUUUGAGUGCGCGUCAACUUUCGUAGCGACGAAGAUUGCAACUGGUCCGAGAACGCAGUGACGACUUGGACAUGAAGUUAUCUAAAAUGAGGGGGAUUCUCGCAGCAUCUGCUUCAUCUCAGGUUCAUAUACUUGCCAUCUUAUGAAUGAAUAGACAGAGACGGGCGGAUAUGGGUUAGGAGCGCAUAAACGGUUAAAAUUUCGCCCCUCUCGACCUGGGCCACGCGCGCUCCCGAACUUAACUUUAGUGGACGCGGUCUCCGGUUUUCCCACGGCGAUGGGUUUGGUACAAAGACUGCACUUAGUAGGAGCUAUUGUUUUUUGAUCCUCAAUUCCUAGAGGAGCCAAGCUCGCCACGAAUUUCAGCGCCUCCUAAGCGUUUGAGUGCGCGUCGACUUUUGUAGAAAGCAAUGUUUGCACUGACUCCUUGCCGGAUCAUCUACCCACUCGUCUUGCGUCAGUCGCUAGCCUGAGUUAAAUCGCUGGGAGCUGAGACCAGGCACAGCAUCUAGCGCCUACAUCUCGAAUUCGCUGCGUCCCUUAAAGGGCUAAAAUGCGCCUUAGGCUUGUUUUGGCAUUGGGUUGAGUCGUGCGUGACAGUGCAGCUAGUUUUGGGGGGUGGAGGUAUGUAAUAAAUGCAUAAAUCAAUAAGCUGACGCCGUAGUUUCCGAGAGCGUAAUGCCUGGGCCCUCUUUUUGCGGUUGCCUCAGUAAAGUGCUGGACUGCCACAUUUAACCUCUUGUUUCCGCUUUUUUAGACUUAAUGCCACUGGUAACCAUAGUCUCUGACAACGCAAUGCUCUACUUCCUUGUCUCAAACAUAAUGACGGGUUCGCUGAACCUCCUGAUCGACACCCUGGAGCUGGGAGAUAUGCGCCCAUCCUGGUUGAGCAACGCCUGUCAAUUCUGCCUCCUGACUGCCUAUGUGAUCAUCUCCCCUCUGACAACGGACUUCCUUCGUCGUCGAGUCUUGGACGUCUUCUUUUAG